UCGGUCGGCGCAGGUAAACGACCCAAACCGCAGCAGAAACACGUGAUCUGUCGAGGAUGGAGCGCGCAGGGAGUCUCCAACGUCUCUGAACCGUCAGACAACUACAACAAAUCCAUCAGCGCCCGAAGGCAACAAACACCAUGCUCCCUCAGGAUGUGGGGAAGCAGAAGCCCCGCCGCGUGUCGGACCCGGUGUGCGGAGGAGACUGCCCUCCGCUCCCGCCACGGCGCUUAAAGAACCGGGACUUCCCUCUGAGUGCGAAGCGCCGGCGGUCCGGAUCCGCACCUGAGCGCAAGGUGAACUGCGUCCUGGUCGGAGACGGAGCGGUGGGCAAGACCAGCCUCAUCGUCAGCUACACCACCAACGGAUACCCGACAGAAUAUGUCCCCACAGCGUUUGACAACUUUACCGUGAUGGUUGUGGUUGACGGAAAACCGGUGAGGCUGCAGCUGUGCGACAUGGCUGGACAGGACGAGCUGGAGCGCCUCCGGCCGCUUUGCUACAAAAACGCAGACGUCUUCCUCCUCUGCUAUAGCGUGGUCCGUCCCUGCUCCUUUCGCAGCCUGAUUGACAGGUGGGUUCCUGAGAUCCGUCAGCACUGUCCCGGCGCUCCCCUGGUCCUGGUUGGCACCCAGAUGGACCUGAAGGAGGACGUCCAGGUGCUGAUCCACCUGGCACAGAACCAGGAGCGGCCAGUGGACACCGAGGAGGGCCUGCGGCUCGCCCAGGAGCUCGGGGCGGUGAGCUUUGCAGAGUGCUCGGCGCUGACCCAGAAGAACCUGAAGGACGCUUUUGAUUCAGCCAUCUUGGCCAGCGUCCAGCAGACAGGCAGUUGCAGCAUCCAGCAGCAGAGGCUGACUCUGACGAAGAAGACUCCAGAGAAGAUCAAGAGCCUCUCCGAAACCUGGUGGAGGAAGAUCAACUGUUUAAUGGGAGAGCAGAGCUGUGAAUUCAAGUGAACAACUGCAUAAACACAAACCUGAGUCCGAUAACGUUGGAAAAUACUUGUUAGAUUUGGUUGGUUGUGAUCUGCUGAGAGAAGAAGGUGCCAGGUGGGUGGGCAGGUUUGCAACACAAAGGUUUCUGCAGGCACAAAAUAAUCUUCCUACACUUUUAGUGGCACUUCACAUCGUUUUAUAUAUGAAGAUUAUUUUAACUUGUCACAAGGAAAAAUAUGCAGCCUGUGAAAACGGUUGUUUUCUGGUAGAAGUGACUUUUUUCAGAGCAGGAGCCUGUGGUACAAACUGAGAAGGGAGCGUGGGACAGCGGGUGACUGCCAGGCAUGGCCAUCUUUAUUUAGGUGCAGUACUGAAUUAUUGGAGCACCUCUUUAACGUGCAUCAGUGUCCUUCAACAAGCUCUAA